AUGUCCGGAAUCUACAGACAUCCAGAUCGACCAAAAGUCGAAAUCCCAGAUCUCGACCUGUUGACUUUCCUCUUUGACUCAACACAUUGCCUGGCAGAAGACGACACGGUGCUCCAUAUUGCAGCUGAAGAUCCAAGCCGAAGCCUAUCCAAAAGGGAACUCCGUCAAAAUGCAAAGAGCGUUGCGUACGCUCUCAGGUCUCGAUACGAAGUUGGAGCAAAUGGGAAAGGAAAAGAUGUUGCUACUGUCAUCAGCAGCGGCCAGCCACUAUUACCAGCGGCAUUCUUCGGUGUCAUUGCUGCAGGAGGUAUCUAUUCAAGCGCUCACUCGACGGCUACUGUCGAAGAGUUGGUCCGUCAAUUGCAAACUAGUGAGUCGAGAGUACUCAUCUGCAGUGACGAUACUGUAGAAGUUGCUGGUCGAGCUGCAGAGAUUGCAGGUCUUCCACGAGGAAACAUACUGCUGAUCGGGUCGACGCCGACGUGGGCCCUUCGAUGUCUUGACAACCAUGAGAAUUUGCUUGGCCGGGGCAGCCUUGCCUGGGACCCCAUCACGGAUAGGGGAGCAUUGGAAAGAAGCCUAAUCGUCGUUGUCUGGUCAUCAGGAACAACGGGAGUUCCAAAAGGCGUUAAGCUAUCUCAUCGAAAUCUCGUCUCUCAAGCAUACAUCACACAUCUCCUCGGACGAGAGCGUGCAGACCGGCAGAUUGCCGACGGGACAUUCGUCCCGUAUGAGCAGCGCAGCCUCGCCCAUCUGCCAGCAAGCCACAUAGCAGGGCUCUUCGGCUACUUCAUCUCGAACUUCUACGCCGGGGCCUUGACCGUGUGGAUGCAGAAGUAUGAAUGGAGAGCGUUUUUACGGUAUAUCGAGAAGUACCAAAUCACCCAGCUGUUCACGGUGCCAAGUAUUUGGCAGAGGAUAGCCAAAUCUCCGGAUGUAAAGGGCCAAUUCGCCAGUUUGCGAAUUGCACAAAGUGGGUCCGCCCCUUUCGAAUCUAGCCUUCAAAAGACAGCUAGUACACGUCUGCGAAUGGCUGAGGGAGGCUUGAUCGCGCCGACUUGGGGCUUGAGUGAGACUACUGGAGCCGUGACAUUGUCUCAAAGUUACGAGACGAGCGAAGUAGGAACUGUGGGGACGAUCUUGCCAGGACUGGAGGUGAGACUAUUGGACGAGGAUCAUCGAGAUGUGCGAGAUGGGCAGGCUGGAGAACUUCUCGUCCGUGGGCCGACAGUCACCCAAGGGUACUUCAACAACGACCAGGCGACCCAAGACGCCUUCCACCAAGACUGGUUCCAGACGGGCGAUAUUGCGGUCCGGAAAGGCGGCAAGCUCAUCAUGGUGGACAGGAAGAAGGAGCUGUUGAAGUACAAGGCGAAACAGAUAGCUCCGGCGGAACUUGAGAAUCUGCUGUGUGCCCACGAGGGCAUUGCUGAAGCAGCAGUGGUAGGUAUUGCGUCUCCCGAGGAUCCGAGUUCUGACCUUCCGCGAGCAUACAUUGUUCCAGCCUCCGCCAAUCUGGCGGCUGAGGAAGUGCAUGCGUACGUGAAUGGUCGAGUGGCAAGUCAUAAGCGACUGCGUGGUGGAAUCGUCUUUGUGAGGGAGAUCCGGAAGAGUGCGAUUGGUAAGGUUCUGAGGAAGGAGCUCCAGCAGAGGGCGAGGAGAGAGACGAGCCGUGUAGUGGAAUCGAAGCUGUAG